UCAGGUCUCCCAGGAGAGAAGGGGGAGAGGGGGAGUCAAGGUGUGGGGACACAGGGCCCCAGAGGUCCCCCAGGACCACCAGGUCUUCUAGGAGAGGGGCGUACAGGCAGCCAAGGCCCCGCCGGUAGACCAGGCAACCAGGGUACCCCAGGGCGACCAGGCACCCCUGGAUCCACGGGCCCUGCUGGUGCUGCUGGCUACUGCGACCAGAACUCCUGUUUGGGCUACAACGUUGGAGAUGCUACCCCGGGCAACAAGCUAACAACCCCAGACAACAAGCUAACAACCCCGGGCAACAAGCUAACAACCCCAGACAACAAGCUAACAACCCCGGGCAACAAGCUAACAACCCGACAACAAGCUAACAACCCCAGGCAACAAGCUAACAACCCCGGGCAACAAGCUAACAACCCCGGGCAACAAGCUAACUUAGCGGUGGUGGUUUAGAAAGAGGUUGCUAGUGAUGACACCCCAUUGAUCCAGAUGUUCCCCACCAUAGUACAACAACUCCCCCACACCAACUACCAAAACUAUCACCCCACUGCCCGUUUUGACCCCCGUGGAAAUUACAACAACGAUGAUGAAGACGAUGAGGAAGAUGAGGAGGAAGAGGACCCGUUCGCUGGGUAUAGAGGCUACCCACCUCAGUACUACCAGCCCAGUUACCCUCACCCCCCUGCACCCCAAUCCCACUCCCAGGACACUGAGCUAAGGUCCCCAGGGAUAAUGAUGAGCCGUUUCUCCAGAGACGUGGUCACACAGAGAAGAGACACCGCUAAUACAGCCCAGACAGGACAGACAGACCAGACUGGACAGAGGAGUGAAGCUGCAGCAGAUACUGAAGGAGAGGUGGAGGUGAUUGGAGAAGUCCAGACUGGACAGACUGGACAGAGGAGCGAAGCUGCAGCAGAUACUGAAGGAGAGGUGGAGGUGAUUGGAGAAGUCCAGACAGGACAGACUGGACAGAGGAGCGAAGCUGCAGCAGAUACUGAAGGAGAGGUGGAGGUGAUUGGAGAAGUCCAGACAGGACAGACUGGACAGAGGAGCGAAGCUGCAGCAGAUACUGAAGGAGAGGUGGAGGUGAUUGGAGAAGUCCAGACAGGACAGACUGGACAGAGGAGCGAAGCUGCAGCAGAUACUGAAGGAGAGGUGGAGGUGAUUGGAGAAGUCCAGACAGGACAGACAGUCCAACCACCUCUCUAUGUCCCUGUGGGUUGAUGAAGAUGUCAAAAAUAUGUUCGGUAUGCGUCAGUUGCCCCCGUGUCGCUAGCCAGGGUCUCCUGUAUGCUAUUCCUGUAUGAGAGCGCUGUCAGAUUAGGAUAUACCCGAAAAGUGCCUGAUUUCUGUAAAUGCUGGUGUGUGGGAUGUAGGGGACUGAGGAAGACAAACUAUCCCCAGUGACGUACAUUAAAAUCACUUACCUUUCUAGUGAAGUUGCAUGCAGCCUUUCAGCCAGCGCAUCGAGGAUGACUGGACUGUGUCUUUGGGUUGAUGUGUCAUAAAGUCAAACGUCUUUUUGUAAUUUGAGAUGAUGAACGGAUGACAUUUGAACAGUCUGUCAGCUCUUUAUAACCAGGUGUCAUUUACAUUAUAGUGCUUCCAUGUUGACUUUACCCUCCAUCUUUAAGUUGUCAAGCCAGUUCUCACAAUGAUUUUUCACUAUUUGUGUACAGUGUCCUCUCUUCUUGAUUUAAUAUGAUACAUUGUGACCUCUGUUGAAGCAG